AUGCUGUCUGCUACUCUAACUGAUGCGAUAUUAACCGAAAAGCCUGUAGUAAGAUUUACUGCUGACAAAAAGCUUAAUACUACACUUACCAUCAAAGAUGAUGGUGUCUUCUAUACUGCUAUUAUUAAACAUGCAAACAUAAUUUAUCGUCUGAUAUCAUUAGAUAUUAAUGACCGAAUUAGAUUAAGUGGUUUUAUGAGCAUUCGGCCAUAUGAAAACAAAAACGGAUAUCCAGCAGUGGCGAAACGCAUUUAUUGUGAUAGCAUUAUUUAUCAAGGAAAUACUUACAAUGCGUCAGAUGAUGAAAGCUGUUUCUUGAAGUAUAAAUUACUGAAGCACGUAAUAAAUAAUCAUGCCGUAUUGUCAGCAAGUGACAAAUAUGCAAAAGGUCUGGCCUCCUUGGAGGCUUGUAAACAAGAACUGAAGAACUUGCAUGACCGUACGAUUGGAACUGAAAUUCCAUUUGAAGCAGUACAAUUUGCUUUUAAAACGGUCCCAAACAGCUUACAAGAAAGACAAGCAAAACGUAAGCGUUACAAUAGCGAAUGUCUUGCAAACCUUGUGGCAAGCAAUGAUUUGGAAGACGUCACGGACGUUGCCGGCAUCAUACAAGCAGAACUAAAUGAAGAAAUGGAAGCAGAAUUCUUGGAUGCCAAUGGCAGGACCCCAACAAACGAUAUGAAUAAUUUAAGCAUUUAA